AGUUGCUCUUGCAAGCUGAAGUUGUCUCUACUAUUGUAAAUUGCUAGGUCCUGUUAAAAUGAUUCCCAAGAGCUGUACAUAGUCUCACGUGGGAAGCGGAGACAAGUGUUGUGAACUGGCCUGUUAACAUAAUAUGGCAAGGAUGGAGUUGCCGGUUUUAGACAAAUUCUGCUUUAUAUUCGACUUGAAGACAGGAUGUAUCGCAAUGGGCAUCAUAAAUUCCAUCCUAACGUUCACUUUGGCUAUAAUCUUGAUCACAUUCGCGGUGGACAUAAAGGAGGAAGCGCAGCUAAGGCGUGACGACGUCGAUACACCCAUGUCGUCUGUCGUGUACACCAUCGUAGUUCUAAUCGUGGUGCUCCUCUUCGUAAAGUUUGUGCUUGACCUCGUUUUCGUCUACGCUGUUUAUAAGGAAAAAUGCGGUAUUAUAAAAAAAUAUUGCAUCUUUUGGAUCGUGUUUCUGGUACUGUUCAUCAUCGGGUUUCUCAAAAGUCUUUUCCACAUGGACGCUGGUCACGUUAUUGCACAAAUACUUUUCUUGGCUGAAAAUUUUUAUUAUAUCGUCGUGAUUCGGAGCUAUUUGAUUUCAAUCAACGAAGAUGGAGUUCUAUAAACAGUUCCUAUAAUUUUAUAUUUAGGUUUAUGUAAUCUUGUAUAAGCCUAAUAUCACAAAAGGUUUUAGAAUACAAUGUCGAGUAUAAAUUAGGUGACAAAUCAUUAGAUUUGGCUAUAGUAUUGGUUUAUAGUUCUGUAUUACAUAGUGUCUAUUGGUUUUGUCGUCUAAUGAUAUGAAGCUUGAUAAAAUAAACUUAUGAAUUGGAGUAGUCUCCACUUCAUCGUGAUUAUUUUUUCCUAAGCAAAAAAAGAAAAAAGAAUAAAAAUUAGGUCAAGUAAUUGAUAACCUGAAUAUUUAUAUUAUUUUUUUUUAUUAAUCUUGUCUGUGUAUUGCCUUUGAAAUGAUUUAUAUUGCGAUAAGUGGAGAAUGCUUAUAAUUCUAUUAAGUACAUCGUAUCAUGUAGUUAAUUCCAAAUAGUUUAUUGUGUAUAUUAGUUUAUUGGUGUUUUAUAAAAUAUUUAACACUUGUGACCCGAUAGGGAUUGUUAAAAAAUAGUAAUUGUAAGUAAAAGCAUUUCGGUUUUAUAUAAUUUACAAAAAAAUAUACAGAAAGAUGUAAGAGAAUGUAGUAAAUAGAAGGUAUUUUCCGAUUUAUAUGUAGUUAAGAUUCGAUGUAGUGUUGUGAUCGUAAAUACAGACCUAUUGAAUGCUAUAUUUACAGACACUUUUGCAUAUAAGUAGGUACUUGUAUAUCUAUUUAUUUUUUAUAGCAAGUCUUGCAAAAUUUAUAAAUUUUCUAUUCGUAUUUCAGAUAAUAGCCAAUCAAUGCAGUACUAAUUGUGUCUAUUCCUAUAAAUAUUUUAUAUAUAUAGAAAUAUAUAAUUUUUAUAUAUAAUUUUUAUAUAUAUUAAAAAUAUAUUUAAGUGUCUGUGGAUAUAAUAUAGGGAUAGAUGUGUCUACUAGGCAUUGGCGUAGCUAGGGAUUUUUCCUAGGGGUCAGUUACUUAACUACCAAUAGCAUUAGAUUCCAUUAAAUGUGGUGGUAGAAAUUACUUAAUUUUCUAAGAGGCAACCAGUUCUCUAGGACGGGCCAACUGUGUCCCGUGCUUCUCUUAGUUACGCCCAUGUUACUAGGUCAGAAGGACCAAAAUUGUAAACGACCAUGAGCUUGAUUUUAGUACUAUGAGAUGAUGUAAAAAAGUGCAGAUUUGUCCACGUUUCAUUGAAUCAAUAUAGGACCAUUAAAUGCUGCGCAUAAUAAUUACGACCUACUGGUAUAUAUUCCUAUGCAUAUCCAAUUUGAGAUUAUUAUCUGAAUAUUGAAGUUUUCGAUUAGAUCGUAAGAUUAUUGUCUCCGGUCUAUGUAAAGAGUUUGUAAUUAAUUCAUUGUUAAAUAUAUAUUAUUUUAUUAAAAACGCUUGAACUCUGGUUGUGAAUUCAACAGUUUAUAUUUUAUGGGAUCUCGUAAGGUCUAUUGUCAUAAAUAACGGUGGAUCUAAGAGUUUUGUACAUUUUAUUGAAAACAAAAAUACAAUAAGGAUUAUUCCUUGUCAUUGAACGUGUUGAGAUACUUAUAAUAAAAUAAAAAACUAAAGACAUGGUUAUUACUAAGUUUAUCACCAACUAAAGUGAUAAUUCAUCAUUGUUCCCUAAAUACAAACUUUUGUUUUAUAAAAUUCUAUCAUCGUUCUUGGAGGUUUUGCCAGCAGUUGCCACGCUUGGCUGAAAGGUUUGAAACCCCGCAAAUAGACUUUGGUGAUAUUUUAAGAGGGACGCUGUUAUCCAUCUCACGAUGAUUAAAUUCCCUUAGCGACCUCAUAUAACAUCCACGUGAAAGGAAGGUGUGACCCUUACUAUGCUGGUAACAUACAGCUAAUGAAGUUGCAUACUAAAAAGGAAAGACACCAUAUUAAAGCAACUAUUACAAUACCAUAAGUUUAUCUUAUAAAAUUCUUGGAUCUAUCGUUAAUAGUGGCAUUAGAGCAAACAGGACUAUAAUUUUUGUUGCCGUAAAGAAAAUACCUAUACUUACUUACAUUUGUAUAAAUGUAAAUUAAUAAGGUGAAUGUUGAAAUUAUAUUGUGUUAUUUAACAUUAAAUUAGAAACUCGUCUUCCAUUAACUAGAUUUAGGUAAACAUCAUUGUUUUCUAUUUUGCUGUUGAUAUGUCAUGAUCAAUAUAUUGAAUAAUUUAUUAAUAGACAAAAAUUACAAAUUUUCUCUCUAUCUAUUAAUCUCUAUACAUAUUAAAUAUAGUAUAACAUUAUAUGAGUAUCUAUAUAUAAUUUUAUACUUCUGUCUGUCUCGCUGAAAGCUUUACUUGUGUGUUACAUAGGUAUAUAGCAAAAAGAAGUACUAUUCGCCUCGCCAUAAAAGAGGAUGCAGUGAUUGAAAUAUAAAAUGUAUGUGAGUGGUGUAUCUAUUUAAUAGAUAAAAAUAUUUAUAUUCAGAAAUAUUUAUCCACAAUUGAAAAUUAAGCAGUACCUACAUCUUGAUCGAGCAUGCAUCAGUAGUAACAGGAUACUAAAUUACAUUAUGAUUUAUAAUAGGUGCGAAUGACUUUUUUUAGUCCAAAUAACACUUUAUGUACAUAAUCAGCAAUUCGAAAAACGAAAUUAGACAGAAAUCGCUAUAUUGUUCAUUAUUUAAUUAUUAAUUUCUACAGCGGAUUUAGAUAACAGGUACCUACAGAUUUUACAAAAUAUUAAAUCGAAAUAAUGACAAUGUGUAUGUAUGACGAAUUCUGUGCGUAGUAAUGGCUAUAUAGCUUGGUUCAAAAGAGGUCUUCAAUUCGAUUUUCGGCAGGACUAAUUUAGAAAAAAUAAAAUUCUAAACUGUUGGUUCUGGUUUAGGUGUUCUGGGUUGUGCCUCACAUGUUGGUUGUUCGAUUUUUCAUAGCAUAUGGUAUCUUAGUUGAGAACUAGAUACUUAAUAUUGAUGUGAUUGUAUGGCACCUAAUAGGUAGUAUUAUUUGUGAUUGUUAAUGGAGUUUAAUAUAUUUAAGUCUUGGAUCGAAUAUUGACCUUAUCAUCAUAAUAUUAUGGUACAACUUCUAAAAUUUCUGACUUUUUAAUAAUGAUAAUAUAUGAAAAGGCUGAAUAAUGCAUUGCCGGCAGAUUCUUGCAAAAAUUUCGAAACUCUAUACAUUAUUAACAUUCCAUUUGGCCAAAUGUAUAAUGCUAAAUAUACGUUCUAUGUUUUUUAAGGUAAUAUUCAGAGUAAUUUAUCUAAAAUUAUAUGUUUAUAGUAUUUAUGGUGCGUGUCACAUUAGGAGGUGUUUAUACAAUAAUGUAUUGUUAUAAAAUAUCAUAUCUUCUAUAAAAUAGCAACGAUCGUUUAUUACCUCGAUCUUUAUUCUUGUUGUAAAUGUUUUCGGUGUUUUAUAGUGAGUAUUUAAUAAUUUAAACUAGUGGCCAAUCGUUCACAUAUAUAAAUAUAUAUAUUUAACAAAAAUAGAAGGAAAAAUAGAUGAGGGUAGAUAUAAUAUCUCGGCAAAUUGAAACAACUAUUUAGAUUUUUGUUGCGUUGAAUUUGUCUACGAUGAGUUAGUUAUAAGAGCAAUUAGGAAAGCAAGGGAAAAGAGUUUAAAUAUGUAUUUAAUAUAAACUUACAUACUCAUACUCAAAGUACUAAGAAUACUAAGAAUACACAAUACAAGCUUUGUCAAGUAUUUAAAUUGUAUCUCAUUAUAUGAAUUAUAUAAUGAGAUACUAAUCGUUUGAUCUUAAAUAUUUAAUGAAUUUUUCUAAAAAAUGAGAAUUAUUAGAUAAUUGUACAUUUAUCACUUUAGCUUUUCGUACUUGAGUCCAACGACAUAUCUAUUCUAAAAUUUGCACUAAUAUCCGAUUACUGUAUAUAUGCCUAAAUCUUGGGACAUUUUUGACAAGUAUAAUAAUUGCUAAAAAAGUAUCGAUUAUACGAAUAUAUAUAUAUA